AUGGCAUCCUCAAAGGAGCAACCAACUUCGCGUCCCAUCUCUGGCAGUUUCUCGAGGCAUACGCCUGCGACGUCCAGACAGCAUUCCCACUCCAUCUCGCUCGCUCCUACCAACCCUUCCCACCGAGUCAAUCGUCGAAAGAGUGUCAACACUUCUACAACAGCCCAGGCUGCCAUAGCUGCGGCUCUGAGGGAACAGGGAGACGCGUCCGCCAUGCCCCUGCAAAGUCAUCGAAGAAGCAUGGGCUCAAGAAAGGCCACGGAAUCACACUCGAUGAGUGUCAGACCCAGUAUGCACUCCUACUUCAAUGGUUCUCCAACUACCAGUGGCAGUGGUCGGGACAACGAUGCUGUGGAGGACAACUCCAACGACGAGGAUGUGACGUCUUCCAACAAGGACAUGAGCAGUAAGAGUAGAAACAGGAGGGCAAGUGAAGGCUCAUACUUGGUCAAGGGGGAGGGAAAGAGGUCGGCGUCCGAGCUGCGUUGUGAUACCUGCGGCAAGGGAUAUAAGCACAGCAGUUGUCUUACCAAGCAUUUGUGGGAGCAUGAUCCAGCAUGGGCAAUUACCUCAAAGCUGCUCAUUUCCAAGCAUCAGCAAGUCCAGUUGUUGGAAGCUGCUUCGGUCUUGUGCAACAUGACAACGGAAACUUCCCCAACGGCCCAGUCCGAAUUCGAUGCAUCCGCGAUCGAUGCUAGCGAGGGUUCAUCUGCAUCUCCAGGAUUUUCUUCCUCCGAAAUGCAAGAUGAGCUUAGUUCGGUCGAGACUACACCGCCUCCUAUGAGCGAAGCUGCAUAUCCGGUCCCAGAUGCCAAACGUUUCAGCACUAGCAGCAAUAGUUUCUCCCGUUCGUAUCGAUCCCACCCAUCGAGCUCCUAUGCCGAAAGUGUCCUGUCCCCAGGUCUGCCACCACACAGAUUCUCUGGAGUGGACUUUCGGCCCAGCACAUCCGGCACCGAUGACGGUACCCUCGCAGCAGCCGCUGCCGGCUUGACCUUCAGUGGCACCCCUCGUUCCAAACCGACCUAUCUGGGGGCUGAUGUUCCCCCUGUACCACCAUUGCCACAACAGUACCAGUCUUUCAACAGCAAGUCCUCGGACAGUACAUUGACCAACGUAUAUAACCCGUUGCUGCAGCUGCAUCCACCAACUUUGACGCAACCCAUCUCCGACGAGCGCAACUAUCGAGACGGCAGUAACGACAAAGACAUCUCCAUGGAUGAUGAAGAGAUGUUCAGGAUGGAAGAGUGA